AUGAACUUUUCACUAUGUGUAUCAACAAGGAUUUUGAACACAACAUUCCCUCAAUAUCGAGAGUUCGACUUCAAUGCCACCUUCUCUUUGGACAAACCUUCCCUGCACAGCCUGCAAGAAUGGAUCACCUAUCCUCCACACUCCAAGACAAAGAUGUUCCUGAUCCCACCUAUAAUGUGUCUUACCGCAGCCAUCCUGAUCACUCCUUUCAUCCUGUUUGUGAUUUUCUCCCGUGUCAACAUACGUCAGGAAACGAGGUACCUGCUGCUGGGAAAUGCUUUGCUUUGCGACUUGAUAUAUCUGAUCCUUUACACCAUGUCUGCGGUUUUCAAUGUGUCCAACUUCACGCUUCCCAAGAGUGCCUGCGUGAUCCUGCUGUUUUUGCUGGCAAUGACUUACUGUGGAGGGUUGCUAACCGCUGCAGCAAUGGUGUUUGACACAUACUUGGCCAUUUUGUGGCCUUUGCAUUAUGUUUCCAUUUUGCCAUCUUCAAGAACAAAGCAGCUGAUACUCUUUCUAUGGAUCUCUUCAGGAGUUUUACCUGGGAUCAUCUUCUUAACACUCCAGAUUACUCAGAAACAUGAUGAAUGUACUGUGGAAACCUGCUCUGUCCCUAUAAUACUGAUAAUGACUCUACAUGGAAAUGAUGCCGUGAAACUCUGCUACGUCCUUUCUGUUUCUGCCCUUUUUCUCUCCAUUGUGAUAGAGUCACUGCUUUACAUUAAUGCUAUCAUUGGACUACAGGAAGGAAUAUGGGUCUCUUUGAUUAUCUGCAACGUGGUCAUGAUUUUGCCCAAAGCUUUGUCCCCUUAUCUGUGUGGACUUCGAUAUAGGGACAUAUCUUCAUCUCUCAAAUUCUUCCUCAGACGGAAGCGUGUGACUGUGGUGUCUCCUGUUACAUCCACUUGA